AUGUCGGUAGAAUGCCAAUCUUUAAAGUUACACUUUAUAGCUCUAUCAUCAUUAUCCAUAAAUCUACAACGUAUACCAACAAACAGUGAUGAUUAUACCAAUGUAAUUGUGCAGCCUGUCGACAAGGGUGAUGUACACUACGAGUUUCCUGUGACAGGCCGCUACAACGUAUCAUUGCUGGACAAUAAUGGGUCUGUUCUGUGGCAGGACGUGGCCAACGUUGAUGCAUGCGGACAUCCAGCCAAGGGUGCGCCAUCCAAGAAAGUGACCAUCCUAAUCAUCGUGUUGGUGGGACUGCUGGUGGGAUUCAGUCUGAUAGGUCUGGCCAUUCUCAAUCACAUCUACAAGAGACGCUCGAGAAACGUCGACAAACGCCUGUCGUCGUCGUCCAAGUCGGCGCCAAGAGCCGGCUCACAGUGGUCCAAGUACUUGGGCAUAUUCAACAGUUACAACAACAGUAGUAGUACCAAGAGCAAUGACAGCAGUCUGAACAACAGCAGUAUGGACAUCAACAAUGACAGCGUUAACGAAGACAUGAACACCAGCAUCAGUAUCAACGACAAGGACAACAACUUCAACAACAAUGAUCGAGUACUUUAA